CGGCGAUCACCUCGGUUUCGGCGGUGCUUUUUGUCUCGAGCUCAAGCCUGGAGAUUUCUGAAUCGGCGGGGAGGUCUAGAACCCGUUGCUUGGUUGUGUUGCUCCCUGUGUCUGUGAGGUCGAGUCCGCGGGGCUCCUAACCGUCAAGAUGGUGAACAUCACGGAGAAGAUCAAAGAGAUUGAGGAUGAGAUGCGCAGGACGCAGAAGAACAAGGCCACAGAGUAUCAUCUUGGUCUGCUGAAAGGAAAACUCGCCCGACUACGAGCUCAGCUCCUUGAGCCCACGGGCGCCUCUGGUGGCGGAGGUGUGGGUUUCGAUGUCAGCAAGGCCGGUGAUGCGCGUGUUGCUCUGGUCGGUUUCCCGUCCGUCGGUAAAUCGACCUUCCUGAGCAAGAUCACCAAGACGAAGAGUGAGACGGCCGCCUACGCUUUCACCACUCUCACGGCCAUCCCGGGUGUGCUCGAGUAUGGGGGUGCGGAGAUCCAGAUUCUUGAUCUUCCGGGUAUCAUUGAGGGUGCCGCGGAAGGAAAGGGACGAGGGCGACAGGUUAUUUCUGCGGCGAAGACAAGUGACCUCGUUCUGAUGAUUCUGGAUGCCACGAAACGAGCCGAGCAGCGAGCCCUUCUCGAGGCGGAAUUGGAUGCUGUUGGCAUCCGGCUGAAUCGGGACCCCCCCAACAUCUACCUCAAGCAGAAGAAGGCUGGUGGUAUGAAAAUUACUUUCCAAACGCCGCCCAAGUAUCUCGACGAGAAGAUGAUCUAUAAUGUCCUCCGUGAUUACAAGAUGCUCAACUGUGAAGUCCUGGUUCGGGACGAAUACGCCACGAUCGACGACUUCAUCGACGUGGUCAUGAAAGACCACCGGAAAUACAUCAGAUGUCUGUACGUCUACAACAAGAUCGAUGGCGUCAGUCUCGACUUCCUCGACCAACUAGCUCGCGAGCCGUACACCGCGGUCAUGAGUUGCGAGCUGGACCUGGGAGUCGAGGACGUCGUGGAGCGCAUCUGGAAGGAACUUCGGCUGAUCCGGGUGUAUACCAAGCGGAAGGGAGAAGAGCCAGACUUCUCCGAGGCUCUGAUCUGUCGGAGCAACUCGAGCAUCGAGGACGUGUGCGACAACGUGCAUCGGACGUUGAAGGACACCUUCAAGUACGCGAUGGUGUGGGGGGCGAGUGCGAGACACGUUCCGCAGCGGGUGGGCUUGGGACAUAUUGUGGCCGACGAGGAUGUGGUCUCGAUUGUUGCGAAAUAAACUAGAUGGACGGACGCGUGUUUCAUAGCCCAACCAACUCCUACUGUUCCUGUUCCUGUUCCUGUUCCUGUUCCGAAUAUCCUGCUGCCUCUGCUGUCCCACGGGAUGCGGCCACCUGGUCUGACUGGCGGAGACGAAGCGAGAGGAUGUGGUGUGGUUCUCCUCCAUUCACCGUAUGCCCAUUAGGAUAUUAUUUCCCAGGAGGAGGAGGAGGAGGAGGAGUAAUC